UGUGCGGCAGUUUAUCUGUUCCUACGAUUGCAGCAUUUUGUUGUGGAAGAUAAGCUCGACAACCGACAAUGUCCGGAAGAGGCAAAACUGGAGCAAAGGUCCGCGCUAAGGCCAAGACCCGCAGCUCCCGCGCCGGUCUGCAGUUCCCCGUGGGCCGUGUCCACCGUCUCCUCCGCAAGGGUAACUACGCCGAGAGAGUCGGUGCCGGCGCGCCCGUGUACCUGGCCGCCGUCCUGGAGUACCUCACCGCCGAGAUCCUGGAGUUGGCCGGAAACGCCGCCAGAGACAACAAGAAGACCCGCAUCAUCCCCCGUCACCUGCAGCUGGCCGUCCGCAACGACGAGGAGCUGAACAAGCUGCUCGGCGGUGUCACCAUCGCUCAGGGCGGCGUCCUGCCCAACAUCCAGGCCGUCCUGCUGCCCAAGAAGACCGGCCAGUCGGCACCGAGCUCCGGCAAGGCGGGAAAGAAGGCCUCCUCUCAGUCGCAGGAGUAUUAGCUUGCUGUCUAAUAACUUUCAACCCAACGGCCCUUUUAAGGGCCACUCAAUCGUCACCAAAAGAGUCAAAUGUCCAUGUCUGGUUUCACUUUUCGCAUUACUUUUAUUUAAUAAACGCUUGUUUUGUUAACGUGGUCCGCACCAUUUGUUGCUCAGGUAGGCUAACAGAAGCUACAUGCUAAUCUCCAGAAAGUUUUGGUUGUCACAAGCCGGUAAAUUCAUCAUUUUAACCUUUUCAGCAUAGACAGGCCACGAGAGGAUCCUGCUUUAUGAGAGUAUCUGAGGCUCACAGAUCAACCUACGUUUCUAUACCUUGUGUUACUCAUUCA